AUGCCUGUAUUCCAUACUAAAACCAUUGAAGGCAUUCUAGAGCCUGUCGCACAACAGGUAUCGCGUUUGGUAAUUCUUCAUGAAGAAGCCGAAGAUGGAAACGCAGUACCAGAUCUUACCCGACCCGUUGGUGCCGUAUCUCGAGCGGUUGACAAUCUCAUCAAGGUUGGCUAUGAUACGUGUCAUUCGUCGGAUGAUCGGAUUCUGCAAGCAGAUAUGCCACCAGCUUUACAGCGAGUAGAAGCUAGUUCUCGUUUAUUGGAGGAUGCCUGCCAUAUGCUCAAAGCGGAUCCAUAUGCAAGUGUUGCAAGAAAAAAGUUAAUCGAAGGAGCUAGAGGCAUUUUGCAGGGCACAUCUGCUUUACUUCUAUGUUUUGAUGAAUCCGAAGUGCGAAAAAUUAUCCGUGGUUGCCGUAAAGUUCUAGACUAUUUGGCUGUCGCUGAAGUGAUUGAGAGCAUGGAUGAUCUGGCGCAAUUCGUUAAAGAUAUCAGUCCAUGGUUGACUCGAGUUUCACGAAACAUUGAUGCAAGAGAAAAGGAGUUAACGCAUCAAGUUCAUCGUGAAAUAUUGCUGAGGUGUAUGGAUACUGUGAAAACCCUUUCACCAAUCAUGAUUUGUGCAAUGAAAAUAUUCAUUCAAAUCACCGAGGAAUCGCAACGGGGGCAACAAGAAGCAGCAGAAAAUCGUAAUUAUUUGGCGCAGAGAAUGAUGGACGAAAUGAAUGAAAUAAUCCGUGUGCUACAGUUAACGACAUACGAUGAAGAUGAAUGGGACAGCGAUAAUGUCACAGUUAUGAGAAAGGCUCUUAGUGCCGCACAAAGCCUGCUUACCUCAGCUUUAGAUUGGCUUGCUAAUCCACGUGGUCGUGCUGGUGCUACAGGUGAAAAGGCAAUACGGCGUAUUGUGGAUUAUUCUGAACGAAUUGCUGCACGAGCACUACCGGAAGAUGCUCGCCUUAUUAGGCGUACUGUGAGUGACAUUACCUCGAUGACUGAUUCACUUUGUGAAUUGCGUAGCCAGGGUGGCGACAGUCAGGGUUUGGCCAGUGGAUGUGCAAACAGAUUAAAGGAACUUGUUGGUACGAAAGAAAUUAGUGGUAUUUUACCUGGUGCACUUACGAACACACAACGCACUGGUGGUGCUCAUCCUGCGCACACUGUUGCAGGACGUCUUGAGCAGGCUCUUAGGUGGCUGGAUAAUCCAGGAGUUGACGAUGAUGGUUUAGGAUUGCAAGCAGUAAAAGCAAUGACAAAUGAGGCGCGUAAUCUCGGCGAAUUACUGCCGUCUGCAGAACGUGCCAAGUUGCUCGAUCUUUGUGGAGAAAUCGAUCGGCUUGCAGAUCAAUUGGCUGAUUUGGAACGUCGCGGUCUUGGAAAUUCUCCAGCAGCGCAUGCUCUACGCAAUCAGCUGCGUAAUAAAUUGCAUGAAUUAGCAGACUUUAUGAAGAAAGUAAUCACGGAUCGAGUCGUUGAAGACUUUGCUGAUAUUAGUACACCACUGAAGCAGUUUGUUGAUGCUGUUUAUGCGCCGCCAACGAUGAUUAAUCGUGAAAUGAACUUUGAAGAAAAGGCGCGUAACCUGAAUGAUCACAGCUCCAGAUGUGCAAGUACAGCCUUGCUUGUUGCAAAAUGUGGUCCGUGCAAGAAUAAAAAGAUUGUUGAAGCUAUUAUUGAGACAGCAAAUCAGGUGAAUGCAAUGACACCGCAGGUGAUCAACGCCGGAAAAAUACGUUUGCACAACGAUAGCGAUUCGGCCAAUCAGCACUUUGAUAAUUUACGACGUGAAUACACGGACGUUUUGAACAGACUACGUUCUCAUGUUGAUGAUGCCAUCGACACUGGCGAUUUCAUUCGUGCUAGUGAACAGGCAAUGAGACAGUAUACAGCGUAUUGUGAGAAUGCGAUUCGAAAUAAUGAACCGCAACAAAUGGUGGACAAUACAUCGCAAAUAGCACGAUUUGGGAAUCGUGUCCUCAUGACGGCCAAAAAUGAAGCUGAUAAUUCGGAAGAACCAAGCUUCGUGCAUAGAGUGAACAAUGCAGCUCAGCAACUCCAUUUUGCGAUUCCUCCAAUGGUAAAUCAAGCGAAGCAGGUGGCACUGAAUCCUCGCCAUAGUGGUAACGCACAGAGUUGGCGUGAUACAAAUGAGCACUUGUUAUCUGCCGUACGGCAAG